GAAAGGAAGACAGGGGGAUAAACACAGGGGAGAGAGAGAGAGAGAGAGUGUGAGUGUGUGUGUGUGUGUGUGUUGGGAGGUGAGGAGUCUCAGGUGGAGCACUUCUGUCCUGGCAGUCAGCAGUUUCCUGCUGCAGGGAAAAACCUCUGCCACUGAGGGACGCACCGUGACAUUUACAGGUGCCAGUGAAGCGACAUGCCCGCGGUCAGCCACACCGACCGCGGGUAGUGAAGCAGGUCAGACGGAGGGUGUGAGGCUAUGGAUGUCCCCGGAAAUGUCUCACUGCUGACGGACCACACCGACCGCGGACCGGAGCCGAGCCCCGGAGCAGCGCGUCCUGCCUGGGCGAUCACGGCGCUGGCCAGCGUGCUGAUCUUCACCACAGUGGUGGACGUCCUGGGAAACCUGCUGGUCAUCGUGUCCGUGCUGAGGAACCGGAAACUCCGGAACGCAGGAAAUGUGUUUGUGGUGAGCCUGGCCUUCGCUGACCUGUUGGUGGCGUUUUACCCUUACCCUCUGGUGUUGUACGCUAUCUUCCACGACGGUUGGUCACUGGGUGAGACGCAGUGCGAGAUUAGUGGCUUCCUGAUGGGACUGAGCGUCAUCGGCUCCAUCUUCAACAUAACGGCCAUCGCCAUCAACCGCUACUGCUACAUUUGCCACAGCUUCAGCUACGACAAGCUGUACAGCUACCGCAACACGCUGCUCCUGGUGGCCCUCAUCUGGCUGCUCACUGUAAUUGCAAUAGUGCCCAACUUUUUCGUGGGCUCGCUGCAGUACGACCCACGUAUAUACUCGUGUACGUUUGCCCAGACGGUGAGCACGUCCUACACCAUCACGGUGGUGGUCAUCCAUUUCUUUGUUCCCAUCGCUGUGGUCACGUUCUGCUACCUGCGCAUCUGGAUCCUGGUCAUCCAGGUGAGGCGGAGGGUCAAGACGGAGGUGAGCCGUCGCAUCAAGCCCAGCGACCUGAGGAACUUCAUCACCAUGUUCGUGGUGUUCGUGCUGUUCGCGAUAUGCUGGGCACCGCUCAACUUAAUCGGGCUAGCUGUGGCGAUCGACCCCGCGUCAGUGGUGCCUCGCAUCCCGGAGUGGCUCUUCGUGGUCAGCUACUUCAUGGCUUACUUCAACAGUUGCCUUAAUGCCGUCAUCUAUGGCCUCCUCAACCAGAACUUCCGGCGGGAGUACAAACGGAUCGUGACGUCAGUGUGGAUGCCACACCUCUUCUUUCAGGAGACGUCACGGGGGGGCACUGAGGGCAUGAGGAGCAAACCUUCACCGGGACUCAAUAACAACGAGCAGGCCAAGGGAGAAACUGUGUGACGGUGUUUUUACACUUUCUCUCCGGUGGUCGACGAGGAUCAAACUCAUAUCUCAGCCAUGCCAAAGCAAUGAAGCCUAGAUGUACACACAGUACACACAGUACACACAGUACACACAGUGCAGUGCUCAAACAUGUUUUUACGAGCUCAUUAAAGUAUAAUUCAGAGUCAGUGCCAUCGUUCAGGGCGGAGGUAAGAAGAGGACAAACACAGUUUGGGUGUUGUCCACCAACACAGCCUCGUUUGUAUUCAGUCACUCCACACAUAUUUGUUGACAAACCUCAACACACUUUUGUUUAUCUUCCACCUUUGGCAACUAUCUCUUCCAGCUAUUACUUGACGCACCGUUAUCCCGACUGUUAGCGUCUCCUUUUGUGUUAAACGUUGAUAUAAUAAACUCAGAGAUGAAGGGGCGUGGGGCUAAAUUCAGUGGGAACUGGAUGUUUCCGUAAUCGUACACAGUUUUAAACACAGAUAUCGUCAGCCUUCAUCGAUUCUGUGUCCAUUCCAGCCCUCAGUCCGACGGCAGCUAAAAUAAUUUCCUUUGAAAAUAAAUGUUACGGCCUAAAGGCUCAGGUAAAGUACAGGGUCAGUUCCAGGGUCACAAGGUCAGGUCACGUGAGAACCAGAGGUUAUAACAGUCGGGCUGGGGUCGGGCUACACCAUAAACAGUGUGGGGUAACUAAGCAGUAACGUGUGAAGGGAUUACUCUGUUCCAAAGAGUUUGGUGGAGGAACGUCUACGAUUCAUUAAUCCACCUCCAGAUGGGGCUAUCAAUCCAAGUAAACAAUUGUGAUGCAAAGUCAUAAAAACUACGACUACGGCUAUGAUGUUCACGUGAAAAUGUGUCAGUUUAGCAAUCUUCCAAAAACGCGCUCGAUCUCCAUCUGAAUGUGAACAAAACGGGUAUCGAGUGCACAGCGAAUCCCCGAUUAAUUUAGUUGAUAUUUCAUCGGAUUAAUCUUUAUAAAUUAACGCGUUCAUUUCUACAUUUGUUUGCUGCAACAAAAGCAGAGAACAGUUACGAUUUCAUUUCAGGAAGUUCUUCCUCAGGUACCGAUUCCUCAGUGAAACCAAGAAGUAGCCUGAACUAGGCUACGAUAAGGUUCUGUUGAAAUGUUCUGAGUCAGCGUCAACAAAAACCCGCAAAACACCCCUACGUUUGUUAACCACUCGGACUUUAAAGGAAGAACCUGUUCCAGGACGGUGAAACUUCCGAUCACUUCAAAGUUCUCAAGACAAAACCUUUAGGUCUUUGACAGGUUUCCUGUUGUUUCCUGUUGUUUCCUGUAGUUUCCUGUAGUUUCCUGUAGUUUCCUGUUGUUUCCUGUAGUUUCCUGUUUUCUCAGAGCACAUCCUUUACCUUUGUUUUCACCAGUAGCGCCGCUAAGAGAUUAAUACGUUAGGCGUUUGACACUGUGGAGUCCAUGAAUGCAUCACACUGUUCGUUCAGUAUCAUAACAGAUUUAUUUACCGUAUCACUGAUCAAAAUCUGUUGUUGUAUACUAUGUUUCACGGUCACUUUCUUCUGGUGGACGUUCUUUGCUUUGUCAAGCGUGCCUGAUUUACUGUCCAACGCCUCAGGGUGGAACCAAAAACAACAAACUGAAGAGACAGAAGGUUUUGUUAUCAAACCCCGGACCCCGAUAAUUACCACUGUCUUCGUUUGCAAGAGGUCCAACUUCAACUUCAACAUUGACAUCGUGUUCCAAAUGUAAAUAGACCAGCAUCCUCCGUCCUCCUAAAAAAAGACAUUGUCAAGUGUUGCGCCCCCUGUAUUUACCUCACAGCUCCAGGAUCUGGAGGGGUCUUGGACAGUGUGCCCCUCAGUUUGGGGGCACUGGUGAAGCAGGGUACCUUCUGAACCUUUUUUAAUUUUUUUAACGAAGACUAUGAUUGAAAUAUUCAUUACGUUUUUUCACCACAGUUGCUGCAUCGGCCGUCGGGGGCUGUUGACGGUCGAGGCGUGUCUGGUGUGUGGACUCUUUUUAACUGCUAUUCUUUUGUUCCUCUUUGUGUUCAGCGACAGCCUCAGCAGUGUCUCAGUGUUGGCAGGAUCUCAGUGGUAAUUUCAUCACCGGUAAUGUCCUAUUGAAACUCGAGAGUCAUCAGCAUAACGCUUUAUAAAUGACCUGUAAUUAUUGUCCUCCUCUUCUGGGUUCUAUGAGCACUCCAAACA